GGGGCGGGGCUGCGGCGGCCCCAGGGUGCGGGCGCGGAGGCGCGGGGUGCGCUUGCAGGAAGGUGGUGCGCGGCGGCCGUGGCUCGGCUCCCAGCUCCCUCGGAGCCAUGUUCUUCACCUGCGGCCCCAACGAGGCCAUGGUGGUCUCCGGUUUCUGCCGGAGCCCCCCGGUCAUGGUGGCCGGCGGCCGCGUCUUCGUGCUGCCCUGCAUCCAGCAGAUCCAGAGGAUCUCUCUCAACACAUUGACCCUCAAUGUCAAGAGUGAGAAGGUUUACACGCGCCAUGGGGUCCCCAUCUCCGUCACCGGCAUCGCCCAGGUGAAAAUCCAGGGGCAGAACAAAGAGAUGCUGGCGGCUGCCUGCCAGAUGUUCCUGGGGAAGACGGAGGCUGAGAUCGCCCACAUCGCCCUGGAGACACUGGAGGGCCACCAGAGGGCCAUCAUGGCCCACAUGACUGUGGAGGAAAUCUAUAAGGACCGGCAGAAGUUCUCAGAGCAGGUUUUCAAAGUGGCCUCCUCAGACCUGGUGAACAUGGGCAUCAGUGUGGUCAGCUACACCCUGAAGGACAUUCAUGACGACCAGGACUACUUGCACUCCUUGGGGAAGGCUCGGACCGCUCAAGUCCAAAAAGAUGCUCGGAUUGGAGAAGCGGAGGCCAAGCGAGAUGCUGGGAUCCGGGAGGCCAAAGCCAAGCAGGAGAAAGUGUCUGCUCAGUACCUGAGUGAGAUCGAGAUGGCCAAGGCCCAGAGGGACUAUGAGCUGAAGAAGGCCACCUAUGACAUCGAGGUCAACACGCGCCGCGCGCAGGCCGACCUGGCCUACCAGCUCCAGGUGGCCAAAACCAAGCAGCAGAUCGAGGAGCAGCGGGUGCAGGUGCAGGUGGUGGAGCGGGCCCAGCAGGUGGCAGUGCAGGAGCAGGAGAUUGCCCGCCGGGAGAAGGAGCUGGAGGCCCGCGUGCGGAAGCCGGCGGAAGCGGAGCGCUAUCGGCUGGAGCGCCUCGCGGAGGCUGAGAAGUCCCAGCAGAUCAUGCAGGCGGAGGCCGAAGCAGAGUCUGUGAGGAUGCGGGGGGAGGCCGAGGCCUUCGCCAUUGGGGCCCGGGCCCGGGCUGAGGCCGAACAGAUGGCCAAGAAGGCAGAAGCGUUCCAGCUGUACCAGGAGGCUGCUCAGCUGGACAUGCUGCUGGAGAAGCUGCCCCAGGUGGCAGAGGAGAUCAGUGGUCCCUUGACCUCAACCAAAAAGAUCACACUGGUGUCGAGUGGCAGUGGGGCCGUGGGAGCGGCCAAAGUGACGGGGGAGGUACUGGACAUCCUGAGCCGCCUGCCGGAGAGCGUGGAGAGACUCACGGGCGUCAGCAUCUCCCAGGUGAACCACAAGCCUUUGCGAACUGCCUGAGCCCUCAACCUUCGCCGAUGCCUCGCCUCAUGUUCGAGCUGCCUGCACGAUCCCCAUGCUGCAUGCAUGUCAGCUGGCCUCCCAGAGCAGUCCUUGGGCAGUGGGAUUCCGCUGCUCAGCUCUCCUUGCCAAACAGCCGUGCCUUGCCCCCUGCCCGGGCCCAUACCACCGAGACUGCCAGUCCCCCGGGGGUCCACGCCAGCUGUCCGGUCAUCCCAGUCCACCCAGCUUGUUUGGUUUCCUAAUUAAACUACACUGAGCCUGUG